UUUCGACAUUAGCGGCUUUCAAAAUGGCCGCCCACAAGGAGUUGAAUUUGUGUAGUUUUAUGUACAAAUUUUACCUUUUUAUUUUGAUUUUGGGGACAGCGUUUUCCGCAAAUGGUAAGUUAAACGAGACAGAAUAUAUACUUUAUAUUCUAUACAUUAGACCUCAAAUACACGGAAUGGAAACAUAAUUCUAGCCUCAUUUAGUUAUUUGCUUGAGUUCCAGUUUCAACCUUCUAUAAGUUUUAUAUUUUCAAUACGUUUGAAGGUGACAACCGCAUGUGGCAACCAUAUAAAACAUUUUGUUUUAGGGCAUGAAAUGAACAAUGGACAAUAUGUAUCUACUUUGGGGUUGCAAGAUUCGUGGUCUGUGUUUAUGAAGAAUUGGUGGCAGACUUUGAGUGUUACAUUGAUUGCUGCCAUCGUUGCUUGCUGUAGUGUGGUGUGGACUUUAAAAAUGGCUGCAAAAAUUUCAGAAAAUGAGGUAUAGCUUGAUUGUACGUUUUGUCACAGCGGCUACGUUGGUGGUCGCAGGUCGCAUACAUAGGGAAAAACUUUCCAUUAAUGGAUUUUUAAUGUAAAAACUGCACUCUAAGAGUUCAGUUUUAACAUUGAUAGGUAAAUCUUUCAAAAACCCAUUAAUGGAAAUUAAAAAAAAUUCUUAUGAUGUCAACCAUAGAAUCUAUGGCUGUCGUAUGUUUUAUUGUCUUUUAAUGCAUAUGAGCCAGACUUAAUUCUUUCCAAAUUUCACACGGAAGAAAAUGGGUGUGUCUGUCAAAAAUGGUGCCAAAGGGCGUGUCUGUCAAAAAUAUGCGCGGAAGAUCUUCCACAUGUGGUGCAGAAAAUGCAGUCUGGCAUCUGAGCAGCAGCGCUCUCCCCUUUGACGAGUAAAAUCAUCUGGCAUUAGACAGAAUAAAAAAUAAAGUAGGGUGCCUCAGGGUACAUUGCCACAUAAACUCUUUAGGGUUAAUUCCCAUAAGAUUGGUUGUAAUCCACCUAUAAAGAUCAGUAGGCUUAUAUUUUCCAUCAUCUUUUUGGUAUUUUCAAGAGAAGGACAAUUCAAUACAUACAUUCGCUCAAUAAAUUGUAAUAUAACAUGAAAUUCAUGUAUAGGGUAGACUAAUUGUGAAAUAAAUAUGUUGUAAAUAAAAUUAUGGAAAAAAUGCAUUUGUUUGUGCAGACAUUAAUUUGUUAUUUUUCCAACAUGAAGCAGCAACGUCACAAAUAUUGUAAUCGCCCUCAUUUUAUGCAUAACACCUUGGCAGGCCUGCAAAUUAGUUAUUGCUUCUAUAUGCACAAUUAUUAUCUUUGUUUUAUUGACUUGUAGGAACACGCUGAUGACAUCAAGAAUAUCCACACUGAUGAGAAACCUCAAACUACGAUACAUUCUGUCAAAAUUUUCUUUGCUACACAAACAGGAACUGCUCAGGUCAAUAAAAGUAUCUUCUUUACAAUAUGUCAUUCAAAAUGAUGUAAGGCUUAUAUCCAUUGAUCCUCCCCUUGAUGAGUAAAAUCAUGUAGCAUUAGACAGUCAAGUAAAAUAAUAAAUUCAAUGCAUUUGGGCACAUUACAAAAUUCAAACAGGACUGAACAUUUUUGGAAAUGUGCACAAAUUUGCAAAAUUUCACCAAUUUGUGUACUGUUCUGAAUUCAGAAGAGAAGUUCUACAGUACCUAUUAGAUUUUGGGUAGCACGCACACAUAAGUGUAUCUGUUUUUUCUUUUAGUAUUUUGCUGGCAUAUUGCAGAAGAGAUUAAAUCAAGAGUUAGAACUGAAUUCAAAAGUGAUUGAUUUAAAGCAUUAUGAUCCUGAUGAUUCUUUAGCAAAUGAGGUUACAGUAUGUUUUGUGUCUUCAUAACUAAACCAUUAAUCCACUGGCAUCCCACAUUCAGCAGAGUAAAAUAUUGUAAGACUAUCGUGCUCAUGGGGGUAGACUGUGGGGGUAGGGGGUGUUAGUAGGGGUGUAACCCCGCAAUCAAGAAAGGGGGGCCCAAUUUUCCCAGAGGGGGGGCCAAAUAAUGGUUGCAGAGCAUGUUAAAUAUUUAGGAAUAUUGUGAAGAAUUGAGAUUGAAAAAUUCUAGGAAAUGUAUUUUAAAUAAUAAUUAAUAUUAAUGAUAAUAUUAGUAAAAUUAAUAAUAUAAAAUAUAAUUAAUUAUAUUGAUAAAUAAUAGUAUUUAUAAUAUUAAUAAAUUUAAUAAUUAUAAUAUUAAUAAAAUUUUAAAAUAAUCUUAAUAAAAUUAAUGACAUUUUAAAAAAUAUUAAUUUAAUAAUAUUAGUAAUGUAAUAUUAGCAAAGUGUUUCAUCAUUAAAAUGAUAAUAAUAGUAUUAAUAAUAUUAAUCGACAGAUCAACCCCUCAACCUUGUGCAUAUUUAUCCUGGCAACAUAUACUGAUGGUCAACCCACCGAAGGCACUGGCUGGUUUUACAAAUGGCUCAGAGAGACUGCUGUUGAUUUUCGAGUUCAAAAAUCUUUACUACUUGGUCUAAAUUAUUGUGUGCUGGGCCUUGGGAAUUCUCUGUAUGAGGAUCAUUUUAAUACUGUAAGUAUCGUGUGACAGGAGUGCUUCAGUCGUUGUAGAACUUAGUGAGCCAUAGAACAAUGCUUUCUCCACAGUAUAAAAAUGGUUAAUUUAGUGCGUUAGUUCCAAAUUCAUAACUUGAAAUGUCAGGGUGUAGAUUUUUAGUCCUACCUUAAGACCGUUUUCCACUAUUUUCCGCGCGGUGCGGAAAUUCUCUUUGUAUUUCUAAUUUGUUCCAACCGAGAAGUCACAAGACAAAGAGAAGUUCCGCUCCGCGCGGAAAAUUCCGCCUAUUGGAAAACGACCUUAACUGCAUGAUACUCCAAUGAUUAGUGCCUAGGUAGUGCCCAAAUAACAAGCUUUCGUUGGUUCCUACUUGAAGGAUACAAAGCUUGUUAGAUCAUCCGUCAGCACGAACUAUACGUAAUAUAUUCAGAGAUUGUCUGUCUUGGUGGAUAAUACGUCUGUUUGCCAUUAUUGACAAAUGAUUAGAUGAACUAUCUUUUAUUUCUCCAAAUUGAUCGAGACGGAUCAUUCAUCUUCCACCAAUGUCAAUUUAAGGACAUUUGCAACAAAAUCUCACUUUAUGAUUUAGACCCCGCCCGGCAUGGAAUUCUGCCGGCAGAAAAUCAUCACGGUUUCAACUGUUCACACGAUACCGGCAGAUUAUAUUCCGCUUUGACAAUAUGCUGCACAAAUCAGUUAAAAUAGACAGAAUAAAAUAUCCAACAACAACUUUUGCAGUUUUGUUAAUUUCAUUUUGCAUAUAACCGUAAUGAAAUUCUUACGGUUAGGGCGUUCACACGGCACUCUGACAGUAGAAUUUCGUUCCGUUUUCAAACUCUUACGGUUUGCAUACCGUUUUCAAACUCUUACGGUUAGCGUUACGGUUUCACAUUUUUUCAUACCGGCAUCAUGUGAACGGGGUCUUAAUGUUAAUUAGGUGAGCAGUAACGUUGAUAAAUGGUUACAUGAUCUGAGUGCCACGAGGAUUCUUCCACUGGCUGUUUCUGAUGAAAAUGUUGCAAAAAGUAAAAAUGGCGGUAAGAAUUUUAAAUGCUGAAGUGCAGUUCUAUUUUGUUUGUUUUAAAACUCUUGAAAAUUAAUUGCAUCAGGAAAUGUUAAUUUGUGUUAAAUCUUGUUAAAGUUGCUACUGAUAUUGUAAGGACCAUUGUGUCUUAUUUCUCAGGCAAAGAAGAGGAUUUUAAUGCUUGGAUGGACGUUUUCAUGACGUAUCUCAAAACAAGGGCAACUCGCGAGAACGAAGAUUGUUGCAAGUUAAAUUCAGAUAAGAGCACUUGUGAGUGCAAGAAUAGCGUUGAUGAAACACAAGUAAGAAGAAUUUAGAUUUUUUAUGCAGGCCUUAAAAUAUCUUUUCCAGGGCCGUCUGACAAAAUGUCCAGUGACGUUGAGUUUGGGUCGGGCAUAUGUCCGACGACCUUUAGUUCAUUUUUUACUCGGAAAUAAGUCUGAAUGACACAAAUGAAUAAACGGUAAAUGUUGUAAAGAUAUUAAAUAAUUUGUUUCUUUCAUACUUAUUUCCAAGCCAAAAUUAACUUGCUUGCCAGAACAGCAGUAUCAAAAAGACUUCGACAACUUAAGCCCGUUUUCCACUUUACCAUUUCGCUCGCCGCCCCGCGCUCGACUACGUUAAAACAACAUUUCCAGUUGACCUUUUAUGCAAUAGUACUCUGAUUUUCCAUUUAACAUACAAGUCUGCCUCUAGUCCCUGGCCUCUUGGGCUAUAUAGGUACAUUUUGAUUUACGUCGGACAAAGCUACAGUUCGGUCGGACACCAAUACACUCGGGUCGGACAAACAAUAAACCUCAGUUUCACUUAGGUCGGACAGAAUGUCCGAUGGUUUCUUUUCUACGUCGGACAAUUUCAUGAAUGGGUCGGACAAUGUCCGUGACCGACCGAUAUUUUAAGGCCUGAUUUUAUGACUUACAGUGGUCAAUAGUUACAAUAAUACCGCCUUUGCGAACACCUACAAGUCUUUGCGAACACGUACAGUACAAGCCUUUGUGAGCACCUACAAGUCUUUGUGGGUACCUACAAGCCUACGAGGCCCAAUGAUGGCUCCGAGCCUUAUUACCUUACUUGAAGCCUUUACAAACAGUGGGAGACCUAUUUUAAACCCUCUUUUCUAACAUAGGUCGAGGAAGAACUUUAUGAAAGCAGUAGUGAGGGGGAACAUGAUGAUGAGGAUGGACGUGCUGAUGUCAUGGACGUCGAGGACCUGGGAACUAUGGUUGGCAAAAUGAACAAAGCAAAAACUGAUAGAAUUAUUCAAGAACCAAAAGAGAUGAUCACUCCACUACUUAGAAAAGCUUUAACAAAACAAGGUACAGCCGUCUUCCUGUACUGUAUAAUAUUGCUUUGUUUUCAUUUUUUUCGUAUAUUUCAGUUUCUCUUGUAAAUAAAAAUAUUUAUGUUUGACAUUGUUGCAGGCUACAAGCUUGUCGGGUCUCACUCUGGGGUAAAACUGUGCCGAUGGACCAAGGUAAUAUUUGACGCAUUAACAAUGGUAUCGUGCAUAGCAUCCAUAUUACGUUUAUCCAUUUACUUUUUUCAUACCAAUGAAGAUCAGACUUUUAGCUGUCGAAUGCUACCUUUCUUGUAUCAUUGCGAUCUAAAAUAGCUAAAUAUACGAUCCGAUUUCAACUGAUGCUGGUCGAUAUGGCAUUUUUCCACCGUUGGGAAUUGCAUGUAAAGCUAUUGUAAGUCGCCACUCGUGAUUUUGCAGCAAAAUUGAGUGGUUAAAACAUUUUACAGAACUAGAAGUUUGCAGUCUGAACUCGUAAUGCCAUACGAUUCCCAAAUGGGCAAUAAAAUUGGAAGAUAAUGGACCUUAUUCCCUAAUGAACAAAAUUUUGAUCUAGACAAGUCUAGACUAGCAUCACAAAAUUAGUAAUAUUCCGAAGUUUGGUUGCGAAAUGUUGUAAAAUGCGGAUAAUAUAGUCCUUCGAAGUUUGCCGUUUUUCAGUCAUUUUGUAUUAUUAUACGCGCGGGAAAUGGUACCGCUUUCUGAAAAAGGUCAAUUUCCCGCGCGUAAUACAAAAUGACUGAAAAACGGCAAACUUCGCAGGGCUAUGUUAUCCGCAUUUUACAACAUUUCGCAACGAAACUUCGGAAUAUUACUAAUUUUGUGAUGCUCUUUCAAGCUGUGAUGAAAUUUUUGUCUAGAUUUGUCUAGAUCAAAAUUUUGUUCAUUAGGGAAUAGGUCCAUUGGAAGAACAUUUCAAUCCUAAACGUGGAAAAAUUUAAUUUCAACCAACCACUUUAAAUCAGAUCGUAUUUGGUCACUUUUUAUAGCAAUGAUUCAAUAAGAGCCUGAUCUUUAUAAAGACGAAAAAAGAAAAUCUUUGAACGUAAUAAUUAACACACGCGAUAACCUGUCAUGCAAAGUUGGAUCUUUUGAUACGUCCUGUAUAUAGAAGAAAAAAGCUUCAGUCUAUAAAUUAAAGUAGGUCGUAUUAUUUUGCAGUCAAUGUUGCGAGGUCGCGGCGGAUGUUACAAACAUACAUUCUAUGGUAUUGAAAGUCAUCGCUGUAUGGAGAGUACACCAAGCUUGGCGUGUGCUAACAAAUGCGUCUUUUGUUGGAGGUUUGUAAUUUCAUGUGUGGGAGUACUAGUGUGGUGGCUGCCACAGUGGUUAGUGUCUGGAUACCUUUUAACUCUGUGACCAUGAUUCGAUUCUUGCAAUAUAUAUGCAGUUGUCUGAUCAUCUGAUUAUGAUUUAGCCUCAUCGCGCUAUAUCCGUGUAAGAUGAGUUGUUCAUACAGUUUAACUUAAUAUCAAGCAGUGAACACCACAAGUCUUCUUCGAGAACUCCGGUUUCUUCUUCCUUAUAACUUAGAUUUUAAGAAUAUCCCAUUGGAUAGCAUAUCCCAGACCCUAUAGAUUUGAGUUGUUGGAAGGCUAGGCUAAACAGGUUAGUGACCGAGUUGUGGUAUUUACAUAAACAUAUACAAGCACUUAACUGAAGAUUCAGUCAAUCUACAGUGUAAUGUAACUUGUAUAUCCAAGAAUCUGUUUCGAGAAUCUUAUUGGAUCUGAUAUAGAGGAGCUAUUAACUUAGUCAUCACCACAAUCAUUAAAGUUAGUUCAGUUUAAAUUGGUUUUAAGUUAUUUCCAUAUCAAUGCAUCUGCGGAAUGAGAGGGAUGUAUAACUACCAGAAAAAUACAAGUGGAACUUCAACAUUUCUAGCGAAGUCCCUUCGUCAGGAAAUUAGUAGCAUUCCAAUGUAUAAUUGUACUGUUGUUUAUAGACAUCAUACAAAUCCAGUUGGUACUGAAUGGCGAUGGAAAAUGGAUGAACCAGAUCACAUUGUAAAUGAAGCUAUCAAUAAUCAUCGCAAUAUGAUUAAACAGUUCAAAGGUUUGUAAAGUUGUGCAGUGAGGCCUGAGCGUUUCGUGAACUUAGGUCCAGAUGAAUCGAGGCUGAGAGUGCAUGAGAGUUGGCAGUCACGUGACCUUGGUUAGCUGUUCUUAAUGCUUUCCCAACAUUAUCAUGUAUUCUAUUUA